AUGUCGUCGGAGGCGGGCCGCGACCAUGUCCACCGCUUCCUGGACCCCUUCUCGCGCGGCGGCCGCUGUCGCCCGGAGGGGUCCGACCAGGACGGGCGUCGGCUGGACGGCAGGAUCAUGGCUCCGGAAGCUGGUUACUAUUUUGCUGAUGAUAUAUACCUGGAAUGGGAUGCCUUUAUGAAAACUAUACUGGUUCCUCAAGCUGAGAAGCAUAAGGUUUUUGCCAAGCAGCAGGAAGGGGCUAGGAAAGAUGUGGAGCGUGCUUUCGGGGUACUGCAGUCACGUUUUACCAUUGUUCGUCAGCCUGUACAAUUGUGGAAGCGCAAGAGCGUUGGGAGAAUCAUGUUAGCUUGUGUGAUUCUCCACAAUAUGAUAGUGGAAGAUGAAAAAGAAGAGGCGACCAUCCAGACUGACUUGAAUGAGAGUCCAGGGGCAUCAUUUGCUCUACCCCCUGAAGUGAAUCAAGGCACGUCAUCGCCAAUGGUUGCCGUCUUGCACACUGCUUCCCUCAGGCUCAAGCACAUUAGGGGCCAAGUAGUUGCUUUCUGUGCUAAUGCCAAGGGGAGCCGCUUUAUACAGCGGGCAGUUGACGGGGCAACAACAGAAGAGAUCAUUAUGGUCUAUAAGGAAAUCAUGCCUUAUGUUCGCACGCUCGCUGUUGACAUGUUUGGAAAUCAUGCAGUCCAGAAGAUUCUUAACCAUGGCCAACGAUCCUACAAGAGGAUAUUCAUCCGCCAUCUGAUGGGUGAUGUGUUAGGUCUGAGCCUUCAUAUGUACGGUUGCCGGGUCAUACAAAAGGCUUUUGAAGUAGCAGAACACGACCAGAAAUUGGUCAUGGCCAUGGAGCUCGAUCGGAAGGUGCUGAGAUGUGUUCGCGACCAGUACGCGAACUACGUGAUCCAGAAAUGCAUCGAGUGUGUGCCAUCCAAGCAUAUCCAGUUCAUCUUCCGGAGCCUCUACGGCGUCGGCAAGGCCAAGAUGCUAUCCACCCAUCCUUAUGGGUGCCAUGUUGUUCAGAAAGUGCUGGCCUACUGCAACCCGGAGAUCCAUCACGCCAUGACGGCAGAGAUCAUCGAGUCCGUUCAGAUGCUAUCUGCAGACCGAUUCGGAAACUACGUGGUGCAGCACCUGCUGGAGCACGGAGGCGCCGCUAGGAGGUCAACGAUGGUGGAGAAAUUUGCCACGCAGAUCGUGGCCAUGAGCUACCACAAGUAUGCCUCGAAUGUGAUCGAGAAGUGCCUGACCUUCGGCUGCCACCAUGACCGGCAGCUCAUCACGAGCGAGAUCAUCGCCGCUGGCGGCGGCCAGCACUUGGACGACCACUUCAUGGACAUGAUGAUCGACCCGUACGCCAGCUCGGUGAUCCAGAAGAUGGUGGUGACGGCGGAGGAGCGGCAGGUGCGCGUGCUGGUGGGUGUGGCCAGGAGCAACGCGGCCAAGCUGAUGAGGUACACGCACGGGAGGCGCGUCAUCGCCGCCAUUGAGAGGUUCCUCGCAGCCAGGGGUACGCACGCCAUGCCUUGUCCUGGUUACCGUUGCUGA